CAUAUGGGGAUGUCUACAGUUAUGGGAUCUUGUUGUUAGAGAUGGUAACAAGGAAAAGGCCCACAGACCUUAUGUUUGAGGGAGGCCUCAAUCUUCACAAUUUUGCUAGAAUGGCCUUGCCUGACCGGGUGAUGGACAUAGUCGAUCCAGUACUUCUAAAUGAGGUUGAAGAGGUUGCUGCUACUAAUCGUAUACUGGUACAAGAGAGAAACAUUAAAAGAAAGGAAUGCCUCGUUUCAAUGGUAAGGGUCGGAGUGGCAUGUUCAAUGGAGAUACCACAAGAUCGAAUGAACAUAACCAAUGUUGUUCAUGAAUUACAAGAGGUCAAGAACAUCCUUCUCCAGCCUAGUACUGUUCUCAUCAGGCAGGGAGGCUAAGAUAUUAAUAUCUUCGUCAAGCAGUUUGAGCAAGGUGAAAAGAGAAUGGAGUUUUUGGGAUGAUCUGCUAGGUCACCAGCAUUUUAUCAACCUAUUUGUAUUUUAUUUUCAUUUUAAAGUUAAAUCCCUUUGAUGGAUACUUUUAUUGAGUUUGAAUGUUUGAUUUAAGAAGUUAAAUAUAAGCGUUGUUGAUCAUGAA